CAUGUGGCGUGUCCGCGCGGGGACGGCCGCGGUUAAAUAGCGCCGGCGCGGGCCUAGAGGGAGCCAGAGAGACGGCAGCGGCCCGGCCUCCUCUCCGCGGCGCACUCCAUCCUCGCUCUCCCUUUGCCGCCCGCACCGCCGCCCGCGCCCAGACCAGAGAGAGCAGCCAUGGAGGAGGUGGUAAUCGCUGGCAUGUCCGGGAAGCUGCCCGAGUCAGAGAACUUGGAGGAGUUCUGGGCCAAUCUCAUUGGCGGCGUGGACAUGGUGACGGACGAUGAUAGGCGGUGGAAGGCAGGACUGUACGGCCUGCCCCGGCGGUCAGGCAAGCUGAAGGACCUGUCCCGGUUUGACGCCUCCUUCUUCGGAGUCCACCCCAAGCAGGCGCACACAAUGGACCCCCAGCUGCGCUUGCUGCUCGAGGUCACCUACGAGGCCAUCGUGGAUGGAGGCAUCAACCCGGCUUCCCUUCGGGGGACGAACACUGGUGUCUGGGUGGGUGUGAGCGGCUCUGAGGCCUCAGAGGCUCUGAGCCGGGACCCGGAGACACUCCUGGGCUACAGCAUGGUGGGCUGCCAGCGUGCCAUGAUGGCCAACCGCCUCUCCUUCUUCUUCAACUUCAGAGGGCCCAGCGUCUCCCUGGACACAGCCUGCUCCUCCAGCCUACUGGCCCUGCAGAACGCCUACCAGGCCAUCCGCAGCGGGGAGUGCCCCGCAGCCAUCGUGGGUGGCAUCAACAUCCUUCUGAAGCCCAACACCUCCUUGCAGUUCCUGAAGCUGGGCUUGCUCAGCCCCGAGGGCACCUGCAAGUCCUUCGACGAGACAGGGAACGGCUACUGCCGUUCAGAGGCCGUGGUGGCUAUGUUGCUGACCAAGAAGUCCCUGGCCCGACGGGUGUAUGCCACCAUCCUCAACGCUGGCACCAACACGGACGGCUACAAGGAGGAAGGCAUCACCUUCCCCUCCGGGGAGGUGCAGGAGCAGCUCAUCCGCUCCCUGUACGAGCCGGCUGGGUUGGCCCCCGAGUCGCUGGAGUACAUGGAAGCCCACGGCACCGGCACCAAGGUGGGUGACCCCCAGGAGCUGAACAGCAUCGUGCGAGCCCUGUGUGCCACCCGCCAGGACCCACUGCUGAUUGGGUCCACCAAGUCUAACAUGGGGCACCCAGAGCCUGCCUCCGGCCUCGCAGCACUGGCCAAGGUGCUGCUCUCCCUGGAGCACGGGCUCUGGGCCCCCAAUCUGCACUUCCACAGCCCGAACCCCAAGAUCCCAGCACUGCAGGACAGGCGGCUGCAGGUGGUGGACCGGCCCCUGCCCAUCCGCGGGGGCAACGUGGGCAUCAACUCCUUUGGCUUCGGUGGCUCCAACGUGCAUGUCAUUCUCCAGCCCAACUCCCAGCCACCCCCACCCCCUGCCCCGCACACUGCCCUGCCCCGACUGCUGCAGGCCAGCGGGCGCACCCUCGAGGCCGUGCAGGCCCUGCUGGAGCAGGGCCUCCGGCACCGCCAGAACCUGGCAUUCGUGAGCAUGCUCAACGACAUCGCAGCUGCCCCCCCAGCUGCCAUGCCCUUCCGCGGCUAUGCUGUGCUGGGCGGCGAGGGAAGCCCGCAAGAUGUGCAGCAGGUGCCGGCUGGCCAGCGCCCACUCUGGUUCAUCUGCUCUGGGAUGGGUGCGCAGUGGCGCGGGAUGGGGCUGAGCCUCAUGCGCCUGGACAGCUUCCGUGAUUCCAUCCUGCGCUCGGACGAGACCUUGAAGCCAUUGGGGCUGCAGGUGUCGGGCCUGCUGCAGAGCCCAGACGAGGCCACCUUCGACGACAUCGUCCAUGCCUUCGUGAGCCUCACUGCCAUCCAGAUCGCCCUCAUAGACCUGCUGACCUCUAUGGGCCUACGGCCAGACGGCAUCAUUGGGCACUCCCUGGGCGAGGUGGCCUGCGGCUACGCCGACGGCUGCCUGUCUCAGGAGGAGGCUGUCCUCUGCGCCUACUGGAGGGGCCAGUGCAUUAAGGAGGCCAACAUCCCGCCAGGGGCCAUGGCAGCUGUAGGCUUGUCCUGGGAGGAAUGUAAGCAGCGCUGCCCCCCUGGCGUCGUGCCCGCCUGCCACAACUCCGAGGACACAGUGACCAUCUCAGGACCUCAGGCCACGAUGUCUGAGUUUGUGCAGCAGCUAAAACAGGAGGGCGUGUUUGCCAAGGAGGUGCGGACGGGCGGCCUGGCUUUCCACUCCUACUUCAUGGACUCCAUUGCGCCCACACUGCUGCAGGCGCUCAAGAAGGUGAUCCGGGAGCCGCGGCCCCGCUCCGCGCGCUGGCUCAGCACCUCCAUCCCUGAGGCCCAGUGGCAGGGCAGCCUGGCCCGCACGUCCUCGGCCGAGUACAACGUCAACAACAUGGUGAGCCCUGUGCUGUUCCAGGAGGCACUGAGGCACGUGCCUGAGAACGCCGUGGUGCUGGAGAUCGCCCCCCACGCCCUGCUGCAGGCCAUCCUGAAGCGCGGCCUGAAGUCCAGCUGCACCAUCCUCCCACUGAUGAAGAAGGACCACAAGGACAACCUGGAGUUCUUCCUCAGCAACAUGGGCCGGCUCCACCUGACGGGCAUCGACGUCAAACCCAAUGGCCUGUUCCCGCCUGUGGAGUUCCCGGCUCCCCGGGGGACUCCUCUUAUCUCCCCCCACAUCAAGUGGGACCACAGCCAGACCUGGGACGUGCCUGCCUCCAAAGACUUCCCCAGCGGCUCCAGCUGCUCCUCCGCCACUGUCUACAACAUAGACACCAGCCCCGAGUCCCCCGACCACUACCUGGUGGAUCACUGCAUCGAUGGCCGUGUCAUCUUCCCCGCCACCGGCUACCUGUGCCUGGUCUGGAAGACACUGGCACGAGCCCUGGGCCAAAACAUGGAGCAGGUACCUGUGGUGUUCGAGGACGUGACGCUGUACCAGGCCACCAUCCUGCCCAAGACAGGGACUGUGCCUCUGAAGGUGCGGCUUCUGGAGGCUUCCCACGCCUUCGAGGUGUCUAAUAACGGCAGCCUGAUCGUGAGCGGGAAGGUGCGCCAGUGGGAGGACCCCAACCCGAAGCUCUUUGACAGCCGGGAUAGUGUGGACCCCGCGGAUCCCGUGCCCAUGCUCCGGCUGAGCCUGGGGGACGUGUACAAGGAGCUACGCCUGUGUGGCUACGACUAUGGCCCGCACUUCCAGGGCAUCCUGGAGGCCGGCCUGGAAGGCAAUGCAGGCCGGCUUCUGUGGAGGGAGAACUGGGUGACCUUCCUGGACACCAUGCUACAGAUCAUUAUCCUGGGCCUUGGCUCGCACAGCUUGCGCCUCCCCACUCGCAUCACCGCCAUCCACAUCGACCCCACCACCCACCGGCAGAAGCUGUACACGCUGCAGGGCGAGGCCCAAGUGGCCAGUGUGGUGGUGAACAAGUGUGUGAACAGCAUAGUAGCCGGGGGCGUCCUCAUGUCACGGGUCCACUCCUCCACGGCCCCUCGGCGACAGGAGCAGCUCCCGCCCGUCCUGGAGAAGUUCUGCUUCACACCUUACGUGGAGGAUGGGUGCCUGGCCGGGAACAUGGCCCUGCAGGAGGGGCUGCAGCUGUGCAGGGGGCUGGCACAGGCACUGCAGAGCAAGGUGGCCCAGCAGGGGCUGAAGAUGGUGGUUCCUGGGCUGGACGGGGCCCAGGCCCCCCGGGAGGCCCCACAGCAGGGCCUGCCUCGACUGUUGGCCACCGCCUGCCAGCUGCAACUCAACGGGAACCUACAGCUGGAGCUGGGCCAGGUGCUGGCCCGGGAGAGGCCCCUGCUGUGCGACGAUCCCCUGCUCUGUGGCCUCCUCGACUCCCCGGCGCUCAAGGCGUGUGUGGACACUGCCCUGGAGAACAUGGCCAGUCUCACGAUGAAGGUGGUAGAGGUGCUGGCUGCUGAUGGCCAACUGUAUUCCCGCAUCCCGGCGCUGCUCAGCACUCAGCCCCUGGUGAAGCUGGACUACACGGUCACUGACCGCCACCCCCAGGCCCUGGAGGCUGCCCAGGCCCAGCUACAGCAACACAACAUGACCCAGGGCCAGUGGGACCCCAUGGACCUGGCCCCCAGCAGCCUGGGCGCGGCCGAUCUCUUGGUGUGUAACUGUGCCCUGGCGACCCUUGGCAACCCAGCCACAGCCCUCGGCAACAUGGCAGCCACCCUGAAGGAGGGCGGUUUCCUGCUGCUGCACACCCUGCUCAGAGGAUACCCCCUCGGGGAGACGGUCGCCUUCCUCACCUGCCCUGAGCCACAUCCAGGCCAGCAGGGCCUUCUGAGCCAGGACCAGUGGGAAGGCCUGUUUGCUGGGGCAUCCCUGCACCUGGUGGCCCUGAAGAGGUCCUUCUACGGCUCCGUGCUCUUCCUGUGCCGCCGGCUGGCCCCUCAGGCCAGCCCAGUCUUUCUGCCUGUGGAAGACACCAGCUUCCGCUGGGUGGACUCGCUGAAGAACAUUCUGGCUGACUCCUCCUCCCAGCGCGUGUGGCUGAUGGCCACUGGCUGCACCACUUCGGGUGUCGUGGGCAUGGCGAAAUGUCUCCGAAAAGAGCCCGGCGGGCACCGGAUUCGGUGCAUCCUGGUAUCCAACCUCAGCAGCACAUCCCCCGUCCCUGAGGUCGACCCAGGCUCCCCAGAGCUGCAGAAGGUGCUGCAGAGAGACCUGGUGAUGAACGUCUACCGGGACGGGGCCUGGGGGGCCUUCCACCACUUCCCGCUGGAGCAGGACAAGCCGGAGGAGCAGACAGAGCACGCCUUCGUCGACGUUCUUACCCGGGGGGACCUCUCCUCCAUCCGCUGGGUCUGCUCCCCUCUGCGCCAUGCCCAGCCCCCUGGCCCUGGCGUCCAGCUCUGCACCAUCUACUACGCUUCCCUCAACUUCCGAGACAUCAUGCUGGCCACGGGCAAACUCUCCCCUGACGCCAUUCCAGGAAAACGGGCGGCUCAGGACUGCUUGCUGGGCAUGGAGUUCUCUGGUCGCGAUGCCAGUGGCAAGCGCGUGAUGGGCCUGGUGUCCGCCAAAGGCCUGGCCACCUCCGUCCUGGUGCCCCAAUACAGCCUGUGGGACGUACCCUCCAACUGGACCCUGGAGGAGGCGGCCUCUGUGCCGGUCGUCUACAGCACUGCCUACUAUGCGCUGGUGGUGCGCGGGCGGGUGCAGCCUGGGGAGACGGUGCUCAUCCACUCGGGCUCGGGCGGCGUGGGGCAGGCCGCCAUCGCCAUCGCCCUCAGCCUAGGCUGCCGUGUCUUCACCACCGUGGGGUCAGCCGCGAAGCAGGCAUACCUCCAGGCCAGGUUCCCUCAGCUCAACGAGACCAGUUUUGCCAACUCCCGGGACACGUCCUUCGAGCAGCACGUGCUGUGGCACACGGCCGGGAAGGGUGCUGACCUGGUCCUGAACUCCCUGGCGGAGGAGAAGCUGCAGGCUAGCGUGCGGUGUCUGGCCCAGCAUGGCCGCUUCCUGGAAAUCGGCAAAUUCGACCUUUCCAACAACAACCCGCUGGGCAUGGCCGUCUUCCUGAAGAACGUGACCUUCCACGGGAUCCUGCUGGACGCCAUCACUGAGGGAAACUCACCUGUCUGGCGGGAGGUGUCGGCCCUGCUGCAGGCAGGCGUCCAGGAGGGCGUAGUGCAGCCCCUCAAGCGCACCGUGUUCCCUAAGACCCAGGUGGAGGACGCCUUCCGCUACAUGGCCCAGGGGAAGCACAUUGGCAAAGUGGUCAUCCAGGUACACGAAGAGGAGCCGGAAGCAGUGGUGCGGGGGGUGAGGCCCACCCCAACAGCGGCCUUGUCCAGGACCUUCUGCCUGGCCCACAAGAGCUACAUCAUCACUGGGGGCCUGGGUGGCUUUGGCCUGGAGCUGGCCCAGUGGCUCGUGGUGCGAGGGGCCCAGAAGCUGGUGCUGACCUCCCGCUCCGGGAUCCGCACAGGCUACCAGGCCAGGCAGAUCCAUGCAUGGAGACACCAGGGUGUGCAGGUCUUGGUGUCCACCAGCAAUGUCAGCUCGCCGGACGGUGCCCAGAGCCUCAUCGCUGAGGCUGUGCAGCUCGGGCCUGUGGGGGGUGUCUUCAACCUGGCCAUGGUCCUGAGAGACGCCAUGCUGGAGAACCAGACCCCCGAGUUCUUCCAGGAUGUCAGCAAGCCCAAGUACAGCGGCACCCUGAACUUGGACAGGGUGACCCGGGAGGCGUGCCCCGACCUGGACUACUUCGUGGUCUUCUCCUCCGUGAGCUGCGGGCGUGGCAACGCUGGCCAGAGCAACUACGGCUUCGCCAACUCUGCCAUGGAGCGCAUUUGUGAGAAGCGCCGGCAAGAUGGCCUCCCAGGCCUCGCUGUGCAGUGGGGCGCCAUUGGUGACGUGGGCAUCAUCCUGGAGACCUUGGGCACCAACGACACGGUCAUCGGCGGGACGCUGCCCCAGCGCAUCGCCUCCUGCCUGGAGGUGCUGGAUCUCUUCCUGAACCAGCCCCACCCAGUCCUGAGCAGCUUUGUGCUGGCCAAGAAGGCCACAGCCCAUGAUGACGGCAGCAGCCAGCAGGAUCUGGUGAAGGCCGUGGCUCACAUUCUGGGCGUCCGUGACCUCGCCACCAUCAACCUGGACAGCUCACUGGCGGACCUGGGCCUGGACUCACUCAUGUCUGUGGAGGUGCGCCAGAUGCUGGAGCGCGAGCAUGAGCUGGUGCUGUCCAUGCGGGAAGUCCAGCAGCUCACUCUCCGCAAAUUGCAGGAGCUUUCCUCGCAGGCUGGCACAGCUGAUGAGCUGGCGACCCCCACCCCCAAGGAGGACAGCUCCGCCCGGCAGCAGGCCCAGCUGAACCUGAGCACCCUGCUGGUGAACCCUGAGGGCCCGACCUUGACGCAGCUCAACCUGGUGCAGAGCUCCGAGAGGCCCCUUUUCCUGGUGCACCCCAUCGAAGGCUCCAUCGCUGUGUUCCACAACCUGGCUGCCAAGCUCAGCAUCCCCACCUACGGCCUGCAGUGCACGAGAGCUGCCCCGCUGGACAGCAUCCCGAGCCUGGCCGCCUACUACAUCGAGUGCAUCAGGCAGGUGCAGCCUGAGGGGCCCUACCGCAUUGCCGGCUACUCCUACGGGGCCUGCGUGGCCUUCGAGAUGUGCUCACAGCUGCAGGCCCAGCAGAGCGCCGCCCCCGCCAACCACAGCCUCUUCCUGUUCGACGGCUCGCACUCCUACGUGCUGGCCUACACGCAGAGCUACCGUGCCAAGCUGACCCCCGGCUGCGAGGCGGAGGCCGAGGCCGAGGCCAUGUGCUUCUUUGUGCAGCAGUUCACGGACGUGGAGCAUGGCAGGGUGCUGGAGGCGCUGCUGCCCCUCGGGGGCCUGGAGGAGCGCGCAGCAGCCGCCGUGGAGCUGAUCAUGCAGAGCCACGCAGGCCUGGACCGCCGCGCGCUCAGCUUCGCCGCGUGCUCCUUCUACCACAAGCUGCGCGCCGCAGAGCAGUACAUGCCGCGGGCCACCUACCACGGCAAUGUGACGCUGCUGCGCGCCAAGACGGGUGGCGCCUAUGGCGAGGACCUGGGCGCCGACUACAACCUGUCCCAGGUGUGCGACGGCAAGGUGUCCGUGCACGUCAUUGAGGGCGACCACCGCACGCUGCUGGAGGGCAGCGGUCUGGAGUCCAUCCUGAGCAUCAUCCACAGCUCCCUGGCCGAGCCGCGCGUCAGCGUGCGGGAGGGCUAGGCCACCGUCGGGCUGCGUGCUGGGCGUCCUGCGGGUGGGACCCUCCUCCCGCUCCCCCCCGCUCCCCCCAACUCCCCCCCCCCCCGCUGGCCUGACGUGCCACCUGCCAUGCCGCCAGCUUCCGACUCGGAGACCCGCCCGGUCUGUGAAGAGUCGGCAAGCCGCCAGGCCAGCCGAGCAUCCUGCUCCGCGUGGGCUCUGCCGCGCAGGUCUCUGUCGCUUCUCCUAUUUAUUGCGACGCCGGGGGGCGCCAGCCGGUCCCCCUGUGAGGCGGGCGCAGCAGCGGGGCCGGGCCCACGGUGCAGAGUGGGAGCAGAGUAGCCCUGGGCGCCGGGCACCCCUGUGCUCCUCUGUUCGUGUUUCAAGAAACCUGAUUCAGAUUGCUGCUCAGAUUUUGAAAUUCACUGUAAUUGUCUGUGUAAAGAAACACGUCUGGACCCUGUUUCAUUUUUACACCAACCCGGUGGAAGUGUUCCUGCGGGAGCUUCCCUGUGAUUAAACCGUAUGUGUGCUCCGGC